UAGUCGCCCCCGGCCGCGAGCGAUCCCGGCGCAGGAUGCCGCCCCUGACGAGCCCCAAGUCCGGCGACGCCCUCUUCGCCAGCGUCGACCGCGUGAACGCGGAGCUCUUCACGCUCACCUACGGUGCCAUCGUGCGCCAGCUGCUCACGGAUCUCGAGGAGGUCGAGGAGGUCAACAAGCAGCUCGAUCAGAUGGGUUAUAAUAUUGGCACUCGAUUGGUUGAUGAAUUCUUAGCCAAGUCAAAUGUAUCGAAUUGUGUUGACUUCAAGGAGACUGCUGAUACUAUAGCGAAGCUUGGAUUCAAAAUGUUCCUCGGUGUGACUGCAACUGUAACCAAUUGGGAUGCUGAGGGUACAACUUGCAGCUUCGUAUUGGAGGACAACCCACUUGUAGAUUUUGUUGAGCUUCCUGAUACUUGCCAGGGCCUUCAGUAUUGCAAUGUGUUGAGUGGAGUUAUCAGGGGAGCACUGGAAAUGGUUUCCAUGAAGACGGAGGUUACAUGGGUCCGCGAUAUGCUCCGCGGGGACGACGCCUAUGAGAUGCGGGUGAAGCUCACCAAGCAAGUCCCGGAGGAGUACCCCUACAAGGAUGACGACUAGUUGCAUGUCAAGGGUCUCGCACGCUGGCGCUUGUUUGCCCGUCAUUUUGUUUUCCAUGUGGCUGUAAUUUCUGGUACGACCCUGAUGUAGGUACAUGUGCAUUAUUUUUUGCGGCUGCAUUGUGUACUGAUGAUGUAUUGUAGAGAACAGUUUGAUAAAUUUGGUCGGAGAUGCUGGCUAGAUAUUGUGUUGUGUUGCUCUGACUAGCUGCCAAUAUUCUGGGAAUAACUUGCCUGAAAAAGAUAUCUUGGAGCUUGUUUGGCUCCCAUCAUUUUGGGCUGGAAUCAAAGAACGUAUUUGGUGAUUCUAAGAAAAACUUGUUUGGCUGCCA